GUAUUUCAAUUCGGGGAAAGUUGGACCAAAAAGUGUUCCCCGACUGGGACCAAAUUAGCCCCAAUCAGGGACUUGCGUUUAAAAUGGGAAGAAAUCGCAGCCAGCUCCACCCAGCCACCGAAACAAUCGAAGGAGAGCUCAUCAACCUGUGUCAUCUUCCUCUUCCUUGUCCUAUAAAAGGCUACCAUAACACCCUCCAUUCUUCACCAUUUCUUACAAAGUUUCAUUCUAUUCUGUUACUGGGAGUGAGGAGAACGCGGUGGUGCUGUCAUAUUGGUGUGAGGUCGCCGGAGUUGAGAGCUAUCGUCGCCGGAAGUUUCGUCAGAAAAUCUUCAAAACCUUUAUUUACCCUCGAGGCAUGUUCUUUGGAGAAGGCCAUUGAUGCUUGUGCAUGGAAGCUUACUGCAUUCCAGCGCUUAGAUUUCACUUGUGAUGACGUUCUAGAUUACCUCAAGAAGGACAACUUUAUUGGUAAAGGAGGUGCGGAUAUAAUCUACAACGGACUUAUGCCUAAUGGUGAACAAGUUGAUGCAUGUUCUUUGGAGAAGGCCAUUGAUGCUUGUGCAUGGAAGCUUACUGCAUUCCAGCGCUUAGAUUUCACUUGUGAUGACGUUCUAGAUUACCUCAAGAAGGACAACUUUAUUGGUAAAGGAGGUGCGGAUAUAAUCUACAACGGACUUAUGCCUAAUGGUGAACAAGUUGAUGUGAAUAGGUUUCCAGCCAUGAGCCAUGGAUUCACAUGAUCACGGGUUCAAUGCAGAAUUACAGACUCUUGGGAGGAUCUAGCACAGACACAUUGUCAAAUUAUUAGAUUUCUGUUCAAACUAUGAGACAAAUCCUUUGGUUUAUGAGUACAUGCCAAAUGGGAUUUAACUGAAAUGAUCCAUGGCAAGAAAGGUGGGCAUUCACAUUAGGACACAAGGUACAAGAUAGCUAUGAAGGCUGCAAAGGGACUGAUUAUCUCCAUCACGACUGCUCCCCUUUGACCCUUCAUCGUGACGUGAAAUCAAACAACAAUUUUCUCGACUCAAACUAUAAAGCUCAUGUUGCUGAUUUCGGACUUGCCAAGUUCAUGCAAGAUUCUGGAACAUCCGAGUGCAUGUCUGCCAUUGCUGGUUCCUAUGGAUACAUACUGGAAUAUCCGAGUGCAUGUCUGCCAUUAAGUGUUUUGUGUUAGAGAUGGUCUUAGGCAUCUUACAUUGCCUCU